AUGAGACUUCAGACUUACCAGUUGAUUGGACUAUUCGCAGCAACUGCAGCCGGCAGCUGUCCCUAUGCUCCGGACCCGUCUACGGGCGUAUGCGGUGAAUGUCCGGAUGUGCGCGAUUCGCAAUGUGUGGUUAAUGGGAACUGGUAUAGUUGCUUCCAGGAUCUCGAGACCUGUUGUGACGACUGGUCCAUCCAGGGAUCCCUGGGCACGGAGCACUGCCUCGCCGCCUCCGGUGGCGCCAAAGUCAACUGCGACGACGUGGUAGCUCUCGAUGCUUCGGUCUGGAACUACCAGUGUCGGGAUAAAUGCCUAGCCAUUCAAGACGACGGCGGGAACCCAAAGGACGACGCUUCCUUUGCCUCGCUUUGUGGCGUAGAGACGCUGGAAGUCGUCAACGGGCAUACCACCAGCAGCGGCUCCUGCUUCGACAACUGGAUCUACGGCUAUUCCGAGCCCGCCGAGCUUGCCGGGUACUUCUCCCACGACUACGUCAUUUCCCCCGCGUUGUGCCAAAUGCUCUGCCAGAACGACCCCACCUGCGUCCGAUUCACAUUCAGCAUCGGAGAAGGCACCAACGACAAGACCGGCCGCUGCGUUCUCAAGAACGCCGACCAAGUGGCCAGCCCACUCGAGACCGUCUUCCCCGGCGGCAAGGGGCUCAACUCCAAUUACUGCAACACCGAGAUGGAAAACGCCUGCAAAAACCUCUACGACUGCCUCAAGUGCAACGAUACGACGCGCUGCGUCAACUACCAAGCCGACUACUACUACCACGGCCAAACCGAUUACCACCAAGCGGAAUACUACGACUAA